UUACUUUGUUUUUAAAAUCUCCUUAAAUGUAAACAAAAAAAUGUGACCAACAUCAGAUAUUUGUCAGUCACGCUACAUUUUACAUUUGUAUUGUGAUACCAAUAGAGUAAAUUAUAAUUUAGUGUUCUCUACAUCAAAGGAUUUGGAAAUACAUAUACAAGGUUCACUUGGACAUUAAUGCUUAAAUCACAGGGACUCGGAAAAUUUAGUUACACAAUAAUGAGUUUGUAAUCCAGAAAACACAUGAUGGCACAACAAUACAAUUCUCAACAACAAGGACAACUAUUAUGGACCAGACAAGUUGAAAUUGCCAGCACAGCAGAACAAAAUGCUCCUGAAUUUGAUAUCAACACAGAGAUAACAAGACAACAUUGGAAAAUUCAAGAUGGAAUUACGAACUGCAGGAACAAACAAUGUAUGAAAAAGUUUUCCCUGAUAGAAAGAAUACACCAUUGUAGAAGAUGCGGUGACAUAUUCUGUAAAGAAUGUGUGAGUUACCUGAGAAGACUAAAUAGAUUGGCACAUCCAGACCCAGAGGGAAAGGCAUAUAAAGUUUGUAAGAAAUGUUUUGAUGAAGGUAAAGACUCGGAAGGACAGAAAAGACGGUUGACAGAAUAUUUUUUUGCCUUGAGAAGACGGGGGCAAGAAAACGCUAUUGUGUCAGAGAAUGGAAAGGUACGAGGGACAUGGAGAAAUAGGUUGGAUGUAGAAAAAGAAGUAAGACGAUUGCUAAAUGGCUUCAAAGAGAGUAUCGGAUCAUCAGAAAUGAAAAGAACCAUACAUGAAAUGACUAAUAUUGUAUCUACACCAGCAUGGCAGAAAUCUGCUUUUUGGUUGCAAGAAAACAUGGCAAAUCAAUGCCAAAAAUGUCAACAGAAAUUUAACUUGGUUCGCAAUAAACAUAAUUGUAAAUUAUGUGGCCGGGCUGUAUGUAAAUCUUGUUCCUUUAAAGAUGUCAUAUUAUAUCUACCUGAUGAUGAGGACACUAAAGAACCUAGACUGGCAGUCAUUAAAGUUAUAGGUAGUCCCUCUGUAGAACCAGAACUUGCUUUGUAUAUUAGAGUUUGUGAAUCCUGUUUAGAAAGGUUGAGAAAUAGACAGCUGGAAAUGUUAGAGAAGGAAGAAAAGAUGUUAGCUAAGGGAGGUGACUCUUUAGAAAUGUUACUCAAAGUACAUUCUACAAUGUAUAGAAAUGAAGUGAAGAUGGAGGAUCAGUUAAAUGAGUACCAGGUUAUUGUUGAGAGUUUAGAGGAUAAUAGCAGAAAGCUUAACAGUAGUGGGAAAAGCAACAUUCAGACAGUGGCCAAAGCACAGGAAGAUUUAGCUGAUUACUUGGCUCAAUAUGUUCUUAACAUUCAAAGAAUGAAAAAGUUACACCCAGAAUCCAAUACUCAAGCCAUCCUGUUUAGGAAUUGUCUGAAGGGGAAAUGUGACUUUUACUUUGACAAUCAAUUUAGAUUUAAGAGUUUACAGAAAACUUUAGGGGAUUCUACCCCACCAAAAAUACUGGAAUGUAUACAGAGAACUGUGGAUAAACAUGCAAUAGUGAGCACACAACUGUACAUAAGGCAACUUACAUAUGAAACAUUACAUCUAUGUGAUAAGUAUAAGCUGAGGGAUAAUAUACCACAGAAAUUAACACUAACAGACGAGUUUGUAGAAAAGGAAACUCUUGAUUGUAUAGAACAAGAUGGCGAUGACAUAGAAGAUCACACAGAACAACUGCAAGAAUUAUUACAGUCACAACUAAAGGACCACCGUCUCAUUAAGCUUUCAAAAAGAACUUUAAAAUGUUCAGGGUCACACCAUGCUGCAGAUAUGUUAAUUACGAGGUCAACAGACAUUUUACACCAGGUCAAAGUUCAGCUUAUGAUGAAGUCGGCCAAUAGAAGUUUCCCACAGACAAAACAAACACUUGAUCAAACACUAGAAGAGCUAAAAACAUUCACUUUACAGGAUAUUGUUAAGUUGUAGGAAUAAUCAUAAUUAUCGGAAAUUUGUAUAUUUUCCCGUUGAUCUUACUGCCUAAUAUUUUCGAGUAUCAACGUUCUGGCUGUAUCACUGAAAAUAUGAGGCAAUACAUUGCGUGACAUCAUAAUUACUGAUAAACAGAAUAAUAGGUAGUCUCGUUUUUGAUACUGACUAUAUCAUGUUGAAUAUCUUAACUCACCCUAAUGGGCUCGUCUAGAUAUUCCACAUGAUAUAUUCGAUAUCAAAAACUCACCUACCUAUUAUUCUAUAUGUACCUGUGGGACAGUAUUUAAUAUUUAUAUUAAUUCAGUUUCUAGGAUUAAUUCCUCAUAUAGAAAACUUUAUUAAAGGACAAUGGAUGAUUCUGAGAUACCUCUGAUUGAAAUGUUUAGGCUUGCAAAAUUAAUUGGUGACAGCUUGUCUACAGAGGGAAAAUGUGUAUCAAACAAGAAUUCUUAAGAAUCUAACAAAGUGUUGACGUUUUUUUAAAAUUUUGUCCACACAGAGAACAUGUUGCUCAAACAAUACUACCUUUUUUUAUAAAGUGUUGCUGUUUUAUAAUUGUUUUCUGUCUGAUGUGAUAAAAAUGACAAUUUUUCACUAAACCUUAAUUCUUUUAUAUUUAUGUAAUAUUGUUAUUAUCGAAACAAUAUUUGUUGUUAAAUAUAAACAUAAAAAACAUUUUGAUAAGAAAUUUAUGAAUAUAUAAUUUUAUAGCUAUCACAAUGAAUGUAACAUUGACAAUCAAAGGUUUGCAUAAAAUCAAAUCCAAUGUGUUACAAAAUGUACUAUUUAUGGUUGUUAAAACUGGAUUCCUUUUUAUAACCAUUUAUACACUUUAUAAAAUAGUUGACAUGUUUCAUAAUUAUCUAUGUUAUAAUGAUUUACAUUAUUUAAUCUAAAUGUAGUUGUUACUCCAAUAUAAUGUUGAUUUUGUUAAAUCAUUUGUUUCAUUUGUUCAUCUGUUUAGAAGAAAUUGUAAUAAAUUAAUUGUUAUAUUUUUAUUUUUUUUUAUAAAUUUUUACAUUUUAUUACUAUUAUUGCAUUCCAUGGAUAAAAAUAAAUAAAUUAAUAAAUGUUUACAGUUUAUUCCUAUGUAUACUAUUUGUCCAUGGUGUCAAAACAUUUCUGUUUGAAAUUAUCAUGAUUGUCAUUUAAAUUUUUUUAAAUGUAAAAGCACUUAAAAAGUAUAUAUAGAUUCGUUGUCCAACCUUUACCUCCAUUUCUAGUUUUACUUCUUUUUCUGUCCAUUUUAAUAUAAAUUACGGUCUUAAGAUUUUUAAAGGUUUGUAUAUCAUUGAGGUUCCCUAAAUGUCUUUUAAGCAGGAAGUAAAACAAAACAUUUUCAGAUGCUUGUGUGUGAAGAGUAGUCAUAGGAUCUCUAUUUCAAUUACAUUGGUCAACUUCAGACAUAUAUGUUUAUUUUAUUUUAAAAAAAAUCUAUUCUGUUGGAUUAGAAUAAGAGAGUAUUUUUAAUGUAUUUUCUGUAUAAUUAUAUACAAGAAAAGUUGU